GUUUUAAAUUUUUGUUUUUAUUUGUAUCGUUACUUUUAGAGAACUGAUAAAUAUGAAUUACUCAAAAACUGGUUUCGACUAUGAUCCUAUGAAAUUUUUGAGAUGUCACUCUAGAAAUAAUGAUAGUGCUGAUUCGCAAACCCAAGUUUGGGAUUGUGCCUUUGAACCAUUGGAUGGUGAUUUUUUAGACUCAUAUAUUGUUGCCACUUGCGGUGGUAACAGUGUUUGUUUUAUUGAUUGUGUUACUACAAAAGUGUUGUCUAAAUAUUACACCAAGGAUCUGAGUGUGCUUUUAUUUACUUUAGCCUGGACUAAAUUACCAGUUGGUGGUGAAAAGAAGUUGUUAUUGGUUACCGGAGGUGCAAAAGGGACUCUCUAUAUUAUUGAUUAUUCUGACAAUGUUUGUAUUUUGGAAUACCAGUUGAAGUGCAAACGGAAUGUUUUUAUUAAUACUUUAUGUUUUCAUCCAACUGAUCAUGGAAUAUUAUUUUGUGGAACUAGUAAUGGUGAAAUACGAAUAUGUGAGUUAAAGAAAUAUUUGAAAGAACCAAAAAAAAUAGACUUUGUGAUUAAUAAUUGUAUUUCCAUAGAAAAUGAAGUUUUUGAUUUUGCAUUUUGUUUAAACACAAAAUUACUUUUAUCCUCUUGCAAUGACAGUAUAAUGAGUUUUUUUUUGCCAACGAAAGAAAUUGUUCGUGCAUCGUCAGAGAUAAAAGGUAUAAAAAUAAAAAUAGCUAAUGGAGGAAAUAAUACAUCAAAAUUAGUUGACUCAGUGGAAGUAUUGAAAGAAGGAUUGAUUGCAUGCAAAUAUGCCCUCCAUUCUUGUAUAUACAUUUGUGAUUUAAAACCAUUACGAGAUGCUCUUCAUGAAUGUAAUGAGAUUGAUUCUUUUGAAUUAGAACCACUUCAUAUCUUAAAAUGGAGCUCAACUGACAAUUAUUUUAUGUACAUGGGUGUAAAUAUUAAAAGUUCAUUGCUUUGUUGUGGUGAUGAUAAGGGUUCACUGUGGCUAUAUGGUCUACAAGAAAUUUUUCAGAGCUCUGCAUCUACCGAAAGAAAUAUUGAACCAUCAGCAAUUAUACCUUGGCCUUAUUUAACUGAUCAUUAUAAUGACAAGAAAAGAAAAUUAAAUUUAAAUGUAUAUGAUAUUGUAAUUGACAAAGUUGUUGUACAUUCCAGUGGUGAAUUUAUUGUUGCUGUUACUAACAAUAAUUUAGUUUGUAUUUGGAGAAAAACAUGAUAUUUUUUUGAGCUAAAUUAUUAUGAAAAAUAAAUGUUAUUUUUAUUUAAUGAAUAAGAAGGAAAAUACAGGGUAAAAAACCUGUAAACUGAUUUGUAUUGUUUCUAUACUUGUAUCCAUGAUAUAUAAAAUCUUUUUAUAUAUUUUUUAAUAAAUGUUUUAUAUCAUCA